AUGUCGAAGCCAUCGUCGUCGUCGCUGCUCCUCCUCUUGCUGUCGGCGACGCUGGUCGCCACCAUCUGCCGCGCCGAUCCGGACCCGGUGCAGGACUUCUGCGUGGCCGCGGCGCCGGGCGGCCAUUACAACUCGUCGUACUCCACCACCUACCCGGGCUUCCCGUGCAAGCCGUCGUCGUUGGUGGUGUCGGACGACUUCUUCUUCGCGGCGCACGCGAGCGGCGCGAGCACGGACAACUCGAAUGGCGCGGCCGUGACGCCGGGCAACGUGGAGGCGUUCCGGGGCUCAACACGCUGGGCCUGUCCAUCAACCGCGUGGAUCUUGCCCCCGGCGGCGUGA